UAUACUCACAACAACACACACAUGUUUCUUGGUUGAGAUUGGCACGCAAAUUGCAUAAUAUUCUCACAACCAAACUCCAAUACUCCAAUUGCAUAAUUAUUUUGAGAUUCCUGAAAAUGCCUCCACCUCAAGCACCCAUACCAACCACCAAACCCGACAAGUUUUACUUCUUCUACGGCCACCGCAAGCCCUCCCAGAACCGCCCAACCGUCCGCGGCGGCCUCUUCUCCAACCGCCAAACCCUUAACCCUAAACCCAAACCCAAAACCACCACCCCAUACCAACCCUUUGACAUUCACAAGUGGGACCCUCACUUCCUCCCCAACAACACAAAUCCAAAUCCAAAUCCAAAUUCAAAUUCACAUUCACCAGACACCUCAUUCUCAAUCUCCCAACGCCUAUCCCCUAUUGCCCGCUUCAUCAUCGAUGCAUUCCGCAAGAACCAAUACAAGUGGGGCCCAACCGUCGUAACCGAACUCAAUAAACUCCGCAGGGUCACGCCAAACCUCGUUGCCGAGGUUCUCAAAGUCCAAACGAAUCCAACUCUCGCUUCCAGAUUCUUCCACUGGGCCGGUAAGCAAAACGGUUAUAACCAUAAUUUCGGCUCCUAUAACGCCUUCGCUUACUGCCUCAACCGCCACAACCGCUUCCGCGCCGCCGAUCAGCUCCCGGAGCUCAUGGACUCGCAAGGGAAGCCGCCUAGCGAGAAGCAGUUCGAGAUCUUGAUCAGGAUGCAUUCCGAUGCCAAUAGAGGUCUUAGGGUUUAUCAUGUUUAUGACAAGAUGAAGAAAAAGUUUGGGGUUAAACCUAGGGUUUUUUUGUAUAAUAGGGUCAUGGAUGCAUUGGUGAAAACUGGUCAUUUGGAUUUGGCAUUGUCUGUUUAUGGUGAUUUUAGAGAGGAUGGGUUGGUUGAGGAGGCUGUUACUUUUAUGAUCUUGAUUAAGGGAUUUUGUAAAGGUGGGAGGAUUGAUGAGAUGUUGGAGAUUUUGGGGAGAAUGAGGGAGAAUUUGUGUAAGCCGGAUGUGUUCGCGUACACGGCUUUGGUGAAGAUGCUUGUAGGGAAUGGGAAUUUGGAUGGAUGUUUGAGGAUUUGGGAGGAAAUGAAGAGAGAUCGGGUUGAAGCUGAUGUCAUGGCAUAUGCUACUAUGAUCAUAGGUUUGUGUAAAGGGGGAAGGGUUGAAGAGGGUUAUGAGUUGUUCAAGGAGUUGAAGAAUAAGGGUCAUUUGAUAGAUAGAGCUAUAUAUGGAUCACUGGUUGAGGCGUUUGUGGCGGUGAAGAAGGUUGGGUCGGCUUUUGAUUUGUUGAAGGAUUUGGUGAACUCAGGAUACAGGGCUGAUUUGGGGAUUUAUAAUUCCCUUAUUGAAGGGUUGUGCAAUUCGAAUAAGGUUGAGAAGGCUUACAAGCUUCUCCAGGUUGCUAUUCGGGAGGAUCUUGAGCCGGACUUCUUAUCAGUGAAACCAUUGUUGGUGUCUUAUGCUGAAGCAAACCAAAUGGAAGAGUUUUGCAAGUUGCUUGAACAGAUGAAGAAAUUGGGUUUUCCAGUUAUUGAGGAUCUCUCCAAGUUCUUCUCCCUUUUUGUAGAGAGAAAGGGACCAAUAACGGCAUUAGAAGCAUUUACACACUUGAAAGCAAAAGGUUAUAUUAGUGUUGAAAUAUACAAUAUUCUUAUGGAUUCUCUUCAGAAGAUUGAUGAGAUGAAGAAAGCAAUAUUGCUCUUGGAUGAAAUAAAUGGAUCAAACUUGAAACCUGACUCAUUUACAUAUAGUAUAGCAAUCUUAUGCCUUGUUGAUCUUGGUGAAAUUCAGGAGGCAUGUGUGUGUCACAAUAAGAUCAUUGAGAUGUCUUGCAUUCCUUCUGUUGCUGCCUAUAGUUGCCUUGCUAAAGGGCUUUGCAAAAUUGGAGAGAUUGAUGCAGCCAUGAUGCUUGUUCGCGAUUGCUUAGGCAAUGUUACUAGUGGACCAAUGGAGUUUAAGUAUAGUCUUACCGUUAUUCAUGCAUGUAAGUCAAAUGAUGCUGAGAAGGUGAUUGAUGUAUUAAAUGAGAUGAUGCAACAAGGCUGCCCUCCAGGAAAUGUCGUAUGUUCUGCAAUCAUCUCUGGCAUGUGUAAGCAUGGAACAAUUGAAGAGGCCAGGAAGGUUUUCUCAAACUUGAGGGAGCGCAAAUUCUUGACAGAAUCGGAAACGAUUGUGUAUGACGAAUUGCUAAUUGAUCACAUGAAGAAAAAGACAGCAGACUUGGUGCUAUCAGGAUUGAAGUUCUUUGGUCUAGAAUCUAAACUAAAAUCAAAGGGUUUUAAGCUGUUGCCAAGUUGAAAAUAGUUGCGAGGACUGAUUGAUCUCUUUUUCUUUCAACAUGUUGAAACAUGUAUAAUGAAGCAGAAAAUCAUUUGGGAGAGAUCAACCAUUUUAAGUUGCUUCUCGGGAAUCUUCCUUCUGGUAUCUGAUAUAUUCAAACCAUGGCUGUGAACACUAAUAUCUUACAAAGAAUUAGACACAUGUUGCAGGACGUUUUUGUAUAUCCUAUAGCAUUGGACUCUUGCAAUAUUGGUCAUCAGUUCUGGGUCUCAUAGAUUGCAUCCUUUAACAAAACAAAGUCACUCCAGAAAGGUCACCUGACAUCAAACCAUGGCAAAGCUCAUACUUGCUUCAUUCGCUGGGGGGUGCGGAUUUUUGUUGUUCUUUGUAACUUCCUUUAAUUUGAUUAUGAAGUGGGAGCCUGCAGACAUGUUGGCAUCUGAAUUUUACUUUCUUCCCUGUUUGCAACAUUCGUUUACAGUUAUUCCUGCUGCUUUAUAGAGUUAUGACUUGCAUGGGAUAUGUGAUGUGGAAAGCUAUAAGGGCUAAGUGCUAAUCCAAUGAUUAUAUUCGAUCUGAAGUUGGAAACAGUUGCAUCAUUCUGAUUCCAAAGGAUCUGGCAUCCAAAUAUGAAAUUUGAAAGAUUUUAUCCUUAGUUGAUAGCUACUGUUUAUCUGAAGAAGGACAAAAGAUCAAGUGGUUUGUUGUACAACGGCAAGUGAAGGUGGAUGAAGAUGAGCAGAUUGAAUAAACAGGCUCGUUUGGUGUUAGUAUUUUAAAGUUCUGACUAAGGUGAGAUUACAACUAGGUGUUGCCAUCUUUGGGAAAGUAGGGAAUUGGUGGGCCACUUGUUUUCUUCUCUUUUUUCCAUGUGCUAAGGUGUGAUAGGGUUGCAUUGUUUGAAUUGUUAUGGGUAUCUCUAGGAAAAGUCUUUAAAUUGCAGACUCAUGAAGUGGCUCCCUAGGGCUUGAAAGAAUUUAGAUUGAGUGGAAGGGUACCCGAAGUAAUCUGAUAUACAGUACUCAAAGGAAAGGAGUACACUUGGAUGCAAAACCUUCCAUCUUUUCCAAGAGACACUUCUUAGAAUUAUUGAACUUGAUGAUUUUGGAUUCUGAUGGCAUCUGUGUGUGCUUCUACUUUCAUCCUCUUUUGGAGCCAGUAUAUCCCUAUUACGCAUGGGUAUUGCCCCUUGGUA